GCUUUUUAACUAACAUCUGUUGUCCAUUACUGACCUGUGAAUUCGUUGCGGGGAUUGAACCAGUGGAUCAGUUGUAUCGGUGACCUUCAGCAGUGUAAUUUUAAGUUCGUGGCUGGUGCUUUGCCAGUCUUACUCUCAUUUGUCCGCUGCCGAUAAAGAUGAAAUGUCGCUGUCUUCUAAUGAAAAUUUACUAGAUUCCAUUCCUGAGGAAAGAUUAUCAGGCGGUUGUCCUGGUGACUGUUCCGAAUGCUCCGAAAACUGUCGAACUUGCUGCUGGCGACGAAAGGUGUAUCACUCGCGUGUUGUCAAUUUUGGCCGACCCUCAAAAACACAGCAUUUUCCUUCGAAUAAAAUUAAUAACCAGAAGUACAAUAUAUGGAGUUUCUUUCCACUUGUGCUGUUCGAUCAAUUCUCCGUGUUCUUGAACUUGAUCUAUCUCGUUCUCGCGUGCAGUCAGUUCAUUCCAGAUCUGCGCAUUGGCCAGCUGUACACUUACUGGGGACCCUUGGGAUUCGUGCUCUGUGUGACAUUUAUACGCGAAGCAAUCGACGACAUUCGGCGCUGGUUACGUGAUCGAGAAGUUAAUCAAGCUGGUUAUGCUAAGUUCGUGCGUCACGGACAAGUGUGGAUCACCAGUGCAUCUAUCAAAGUUGGGGAUCUUAUUCACUUAGACAAAGAUCAACGUGUUCCCGCCGAUAUGGUUCUGCUAUGGACUUCGGAUCGUAGCGGAUCUUGCUUCAUUCGAACCGAUCAGUUAGAUGGGGAAACUGAUUGGAAGCUACGUUACGCCAUUCCUGCGACUCAGUCAUUCGUCACUACAUCUGGUCAGCCGUGCGCACUCUUCGACAUACAGGCACGCGUUUUCGCGGAAGCACCAUCCCAAAACAUCCACAGUUUCGAGGGAACUUUUGUGCGCACAGACCUGUCGCAUACAAGCGACACAUCCGUGGAUGUGGAUGAGAUGUCUCUCAAUUUGGAUCACACGCUGUGGUCAAACACUGUGUUAGCCACGGGAAGCGCCAUCGGGCUGGUUGUGUACACAGGGGAGGAGACUCGGGCCGUGAUGAAUUCCAGUCGAAUACGAACGAAAAUGGGAAAAAUUGACAGGGAAAUCAACAAUAUCACAAAACUUCUCUUCAUCUUAGUUGUUUUGCUAGCGUUCGUUAUGGUCGCGUUGAAGGGAUUCACCGGGGCUUGGUACAAAUAUUGGUGGCGAUUCAUGGUCCUCCUCUCUUACAUCAUACCGCUUGCGUUACGCGUGAACAUGGAUUUGGCCAAAAUUGUCUAUUCCUUUUUGAUGGUGCGCGAUGCUGGUUUGCCUGGUUGCAUUGUCCGAAACACAACAGUUCCGGAGGAUCUGGGUAGAAUAUCAUACCUGUUAUCGGACAAGACAGGUACUCUGACCCAAAAUGAAAUGGUCUUCAGGAAGCUUCAUUUGGGUAGUGUAGCCUUCGCCCCAGACUCCAUGGAAGAAGUGGUUCAAAGCCUGAGGCGUUACUUCGAGUUGCAGUCUAGCAAGGGCCAAACAUCCGAUGAUCAAAUUGGACGUCAAAUGCGCCGCACUGGGGCCGAACGUAUGGUCUCUGCCGUACUCGCUAUCGCGUUGUGUCACAAUGUCACGCCGAUGAGUGAGGAUGGCUCCUCUGGCGCGGCAGAUAUCGACGUAAAGAAUCCAUUGGAAAUGGUGAACAUCACAUCGGACCCCGUUGGGUAUCAGGCCAGCUCUCCUGAUGAAGUGGCGCUCGUCUCUUGGACCGCUACAGUUGGCAUCACUUUGGUGUACCGAGAUCAGCACUACAUUUGUCUUCGCUUACCCAACGGUUCCUCACAAAUGUACGAUUUGCUCAAUAUGUUCCCCUUCUCCUCCGAGUCUAAACGCAUGGGUAUCAUCGUCCGCGAUCGACAAACAAACCAAAUCACCUUCUACGUCAAAGGUGCUGACACAGUGAUGACUUCUUUAGUCACCUACACGGACUGGUUGGAGGAUGAGGCUGGCAAUCUGGCUCGAGAAGGUUUACGCACCCUCGUCGUUGCGUCCCGAAAUCUUACAGAUGAGCAGUAUGAAGAAUUUGCCCAAAACUAUCAUGUGGCCAAAAUGGCGUUGUCUGAUCGGGUGAACAAAAUGCAGGCGGUUGUGGCCACAUUGGAGGCGGAUUUGGAGGUGCUGUGUGUCACCGGGGUGGAGGACAAGCUCCAAGAAGGUGUGCGACCUACUCUGGAGGCCCUUCGCAAUGCUGGCAUCCGCAUAUGGAUGCUAACCGGCGAUAAACUAGAGACUGCGGAGUGUAUCGCCAAAUCAUCCCGACUGGUCGGUCGCGACAUGCCGUUGUACACAUUUCGGAAUGUGUCUGGCCGUCUGGACACCCAUGUGGAGUUGAACGCCUAUAGAAAACGAUGUGAUCAUGCUUUACUUAUCACCGGUUCCUCAAUGGAAGCAUGUCUCCGUUACUACGAACACGAAUUCGUCGAAUUGGUACGCCAGUCCCCGGCUGUAGUCGUCUGUCGGUGCUCACCGACUCAAAAGACACGCAUUGUUCGCCUACUCCGUGUUCACACCAAAUCACGCGUGGCUGCAAUCGGCGACGGAGGAAACGAUGUGGGCAUGAUUCAAGCCGCCGACUUGGGCUUCGGUCUUGAGGGCAAAGAGGGUCGCCAAGCCAGCUUGGCAUCCGAUUUCAGCCUUACUCAAUUUCGGCACGUCGCCCGCCUUCUGUUGGUACAUGGAAGAAAUUGCUACAAAAAUACCGCGGCCCUCGCUCUGUUUGUCAUACAUAGAGGUUGCAUCAUCAGUGUGAUGCAAGCGGUCUUCUCGGCUGUGUUCUACUUCGCUUCUGUCCCUCUCUUCCCUGGAUUCUUGCUCGUCGGUUAUGCGACCGUUUUCACUAUGUUCCCUGUGUUCUCGCUGGUUCUGGACAAAGAUGUUCCCGAUCGCAUCGCUCUCACUUUUCCUGAAUUGUACAAGACGCUACUCAAAGGUCGUGAGAUCACUUUCAAAAGUUUCUUUGUGUGGCUCCUCAUCAGCGUCUAUCAAGGCGGUGUCAUCAUGUAUGGUGCAUUGCUCCUCUUUGAGGACGAGUUCAUUCACAUUGUGGCAAUCACCUUCACUGCGUUGCUGUUGACUGAACUCCUUAUGGUUGCAAUCACUGUACGGACAUGGCAUUUGCUCAUGGUGCUCGCGGAAAUCCUCAGUCUGGCGAUCUACGCAUUGUCUCUGGUUGUGAUGAGACAGUACUUUGACCCAAACUUCUUGGGAACCUUUGGAUUUAUCUGGAAGGUUCUGGCGAUUACGGGCAUCAGCUGUAUACCCAUCAUCAUUUUGAAGUUGAUUCACUAUAAGUUCCGACCGUCGAUCUAUUCCAAGCUCCAGUGAACUGAGGCAUUAGACGAUUAGCUCCUGUUUACAUGACGUCUACGACCUUUUUAUCCACACACACAUGUACUUUCAUGUCGGAUUUAUGCUUUCAGCGCGCCUCGUCUCUCCAACAUGUCAUGGUAUCCACAUUACGUGCGGUCUUCUUUCCUCUCAUCAACUUGACAUUUCCUGAUUAUUUUCUUCUGACAGAUGUCCCUGGUCAUUCAUCGUUUUCUCUUACCUUGUACUAUGUGCGAUUACAUCUCCAAAGUCCAUUUUACAUGACACUAUGCCUUUGUGCUUCCAACGGAUAGGUCUGUGGCCUGCGGACUAUGUCGCUUGUCAACUUGGCUUGUAUAUUGUAAUCCAUACGGACAACAACCGAUCCAAUGACUUAACAAUGUGUGCUCCUAACCGCUAUGCAAAGCGUUUUCCUCGUAACUGAGUGACAUACUAGUGAGUCGACUACUGAAAGUGCCUAC